AACACAAUUUCCCAGAAGGCUAUGCGAUGGAACAACAAAUAUGGCGUCCCAUGUCUUCACUACGUGAUAAGAAUACUCAAGCUUUGCAGUCGACGAGAUAAAGAGGCGACAGCCUGCACAACACUGCGGAGACAUUCCCCACUGCGGUGUCAGCUCCUCGCAAGGACGCACGCCGACAAAAUGUCUUCACCGAAGGCAAAAAACCCGGGCCGCGCCGGCAGCGGGAGCCCGGUGCUCGGCGGCACCAACAACGGCCGCUUCGAGUUCAUGUCGCUCACCAAGCCGCUGAGCCGGUCGUCGACUCCGCCUCAUCUUCUCCAGCGGCAGAGCUCCGACGGGGCCACCGCUCGGCUCCGCGCCUCUGAGAGCCCCACUCGUCGCCGCGGCUCCAGCUCAUCCACCGGCUCCGGGGCGCCGGAGGAGGACGGCAUCCGGCUCAACCCGUCGCUCUUCCGCGUAGCCCUCAGCUCGCUGCUCGCCAUUGACUUGUGGCUGUCCAAGAGUCUGGGGGUGUGCGCCCGAGAGGACUCAUCGUGGGGGAGUGCGCGGCCCCUCAUGAAGCUUAUCGAGGUGACGGGCCACGGCAUCCCCUGGCUGGCAGGAACCGCCUACUGCUUCUACAAAAGCGACAGUGCUGCUGGCCAGGAGGUCAUGCUCAACCUCUUUAUGGGUCUUCUCCUGGACCUGGUCCUCGUCGGGGUGGUGAAAGCGACUGUGCGGCGACGGCGUCCGGUCCACAACCGCAUGGACAUGUUCGCCACCUUCUCGGUGGACCGCUACUCUUUCCCGUCGGGCCACGCCACCCGCGCCGCCAUGUGCGCCCGCUUCGUGCUGGCACACCUGGUGCUAGCCGCUCCCUUGCGGGUGCUGGUGCUGCUGUGGACGGCCACUGUGGGGCUGAGUCGCGUCAUGCUUGGGCGCCACAACGUCACCGACGUGGCUUUCGGCUUCUGGAUGGGCUACUGUCAGUACAACCUGCUGGAGGCGCUCUGGCUCUCGCCUCAGAGCCUGCAAGCGCUGCUGGGAUACGUGGCGUAACAAUCAGAGACAUUUUUGUUGUUGUGGGAAUGCUGAAGAGCAUUGAUGCACUUUUUCGACAUGCUGCUCCCUCCACAUGACUCAAAAGAUUCAAACCACUCCAACAUUAAAAUGUUCAGGACCAGUUUUUCCUGAAUUUGCACAGUUUUCAUCAUUCCACAUUCCCGAAUCAUGUUUUUUUUAACUGAUCCUUCCACAUCAUUUAGCUCUCCCCCCAAUUUCACAUUCCAAAAUUGCUCCAUUUUAUUAAUUGCGGCAUUUGAGUUCAUCCUCAGCUCUCAGAAUUCCCACACAAAUUCUCCAGAAAUUGCAUUCUCUGUUUUUAAUGUAACUGCACAACUGUGGAACAUGUGUUAUAUUUAUUGUCCCACAAGAGGGAGCUGUUUCCAAUACGUUUAGUCGAGCCCAGGUUUCUCUAGUGCCUCUUCUAGGCAGCUUUUGCUAAAUGCUAUUGUUGUUCUGUUGCAAUCAAGGCAGGGUUCUUUUUCUUGCCAUCUGGCACUUACUGUAAAUAGACUGUUGAGUCACGUGGUGCAAUCUAUAGGAUUCUUGCUUCAACCUGAAUAAGUAUCAUUUUUGGUGUGCAUGUCAUUUUGUAUUUGGUGUCAUCGAAAAUCACUUAAAAUCAAUUUGUGUUUUGACAUACAGUUCAUACUAUUUGCUCUUAUCACAAAAUCGUUUUGGAUGCUUAUAAACGGUGUUCAGUCAAGAAGGCUA